AAGAAGGAAGAAUUCUAGAAAAUAUUUUUGGCACUUAAAUACGAAAAAUGUUAUGUAGGGAAAGAAUACCGUAACACAUUCCCGUACAACUGAGAAGAGGAGAUUGGUCAAGAUAUGAAACCGGUCACUUGUAUUCGAGUGUUUAGUGUAUUUGUUAUUUUAUUUGCCUGGCACUGACCCAUUUUAUAGUUUUUUUUAAAGUACCAAAAGAGGGCAGUAGUGAACUGUAUGAUGGUAGUUUUCAGGCUACCUCAGUAUAACAAUUCAAGUAGUUGAACAUGGUAACGUUAACCGUGAUUUGAUAGUAUUAAAGGUCUAGGUCACAUGGGGAGUAGAGAGAUAAACAAAUACAACACCGUCUACACACGCACAGGAAAAGUUGUUCGCUAAGCCGGCAUUACAUUUUUCUUGUUGAAAUUUCAUAGAAAAUUAAAUUAUAACAUGACCGAUCCAGUAGAAAUUUCGGCAAAUCUAUCUGACUUAAUCGGAGCUAUAGACCAAGGUACUAGCAGUUCAAGAUUUCUCGUUUUCGCUAGUGAAACAGCCGAAAUCGUUACAUAUCAUCAAAUCGAAACUAAGCAGUUAUAUCCUCAGGUUGGCUGGGUUGAACAGGAUCCUCUUGAAAUUUUAUCCUCUGUUCAAACAUGUAUAGAGAAAACGGUUGAAAAGCUUAGAAACUUUGAAAUUAAUCCUCUUAACAUCAAAGCUAUAGGUGUAACUAACCAGAGGGAAACUACUGUCGUAUGGAAUAAGUUCACCGGUAAACCGCUAUACAAUGCUAUAAUAUGGCUUGAUACUAGAACUGUGGACACUGUUGAUCAAUUAAAAAAUAAAAGAGGUUCAAAAGCAGUGGUAGAAAAGUGUGGUUUGCCAAUCACAACAUACUUCAGUGCUGUCAAAUUGCGAUGGUUAAUUGAAAAUGUCCCACAAGUUAAAGAGGCAAUUGAAAAUGAUUCUUGCCUGUUUGGAACAAUUGAUUCCUGGUUAAUAUGGAACUUAACCGGAGGAGUUAAUAGCGGUAUUCAUGUAACAGACGUAACAAAUGCCAGUAGGACGAUGCUCAUGAACAUAAGAACUUUGGAGUGGGAUCCAUGGUUGUGCAAUUUUUUUCAAGUACCCAUUUCUAUAUUGCCGAGUAUUAGGAGUAGCUCUGAAAUUUUAGGUUGCCUUUUGGGUAGUUCAUUAAAUGGAAUGCCUAUCUCUGGUUGUUUAGGUGAUCAAAGUGCUGCUCUAGUAGGCCAACUAUGUUUUAAACCUGGUACAGCUAAAAAUACAUAUGGUACUGGAUGUUUCUUAUUAUGUAACACUGGAAAAGUUCCUAUAUGGUCCAAGCAUGGACUACUAACUACUGUAGCAUAUAAACUGGGUCCUGAUAAGCCAGUUACUUAUGCCUUAGAAGGUUCUGUUGCUAUAGCAGGUGCUUUAAUUCGAUGGCUGCGAGAUAAUCUAGGUAUAAUACAAGAUUCAGCAUAUAUUGAAAAACUUGCUAGUUCUGUUGAAAGCACACAUGGUGUAUAUUUUGUUCCUGCUUUUUCUGGUCUUUAUGCUCCUUAUUGGCAACCCAGUGCUAGAGGUAUUAUUUGCGGGUUAACGACAUUCACGACACGAGCUCACAUAGCACGUGCAGCUUUAGAGGCUGUGGCUUUUCAAACAUGUGAAAUAGUUGAUGCUAUGAACUUAGAUAGUGGUUUUCCUUUAGAAAACCUAGUAGUAGAUGGCGGAAUGACUAAUAAUUCUCUAUUAAUGCAACUUCAAGCAGAUUUUUUGGGUCUUAAAGUCAUACUACCUUCUAUGCCAGAGACUACAGCUCUUGGUGUAGCUAUGGCAGCUGGAGCAGCUAAAGGUAUUGAAGUAUGGGAUAUAGAUUCUACAGUGUCAAAUGGCGUCACAACUGAAACUUUUUAUCCGAAUAUUUCAUCGGAAGAAAGGAACUCGAAAUAUUCUUCGUGGAAAAAUGCCGUCAAGCGCUCAAUGAGAUGGGAAGAUGAUAAAGUUAUUGAUAAUCCCAUAUUAAAAUCAUUGCCGGGGGGAUUAUUUGUAUUUUCGUCCUUUGCGCUUCUCCUUUUUGCUGAAGCCUAUAGCAAAAAAUUUCUUAUUUAGGUAGAUAUAAUUAUUCAUCAUCUUCAAAUAAUGAAACUUGUGAAAUAAUGAUGAAUGCUAGAAAUAAUUUUGUGAGAAACUGAUAAAAAUUGGGAUUUGUGUUUAAGAUUAUUUUUUACAAUGUGUGAUAUUUUUUUUUCAGUUUCCACAAAUCAAUUAAUUGACUUAAUUAGGAUUUUCAAAUAAUGAAUGCAAUGGAAUGAGAUUGAGAAGUUUUCUGUAUUUGUACCUGCACCGAAAACAGUCUCCAAGUUUUGGUGACUUCAGUGUAGUUCCUUGCUUGAAAAAAUAUCAUGCAAGGGGACCAAUUCAAAGUGUAUAACUACUUUGCAUCCCUGGGCAAAUCACUACACAUUUUUUUAACUCUCGUAAGCUCAAAAUAUCUUUGCUGCCUUAAUGAAAACAGGUACUGAUACAAAAAUAUCCUCAUGAAGUUGAAUAACAGCUCUAUGAUAAUUUUGUGAGAAAUUGACAAAAAAUUGAGAUGUGUGAUUAAGGUUGUAUUUUAUAAUAUGUGAUAGAAUUUAUUUAUUUUUUUUUUACAAUUUUCUCGAAUCAAUUCUUCUAAAAUAUGCAUUUUUAAAAAAGGUAAAACACUUUUGGUAAAAAAAAGAAAAGAAAAAUCUCAGUAUUCAAUAACUUAGCAUUUUCUUGCAAAUUAUUUAAAUAAUCUGAAUCAUUCCUGCAUAAAUGGAUUUAAAAGAAAUAUAAUUUGAUAAUAAUAUAAUUAUACAAAUGGGUAUAGUUAUUAGAGCUUUUUGUCCUGUUAAUAUAUAAAAUAGAUUUAUUAAGACAUUGACUGAAUCAGAUUAAUUUUUAAUGAAAAAUAAAAAAUAAAUUAAAAAUGUGUAUUUUAUUUUCGUCUUGUUUCUUUAAACUUAUGCUACAAUUGUGUAUAAAACUUUUAAAAACCUUGUCUCAACCAUAAUGAAUUUUGUUGUAAAAUUUUAAUGAAGUCGCUAAUUUGUUUCUCUCUCAAAGCUUAUUAUUUAAAGAACACAUGAGUAUCUCAAAAAAUUAUGGGAGCAAACACAGUAAAAAACAAAUAAAGAGAGUGCUAACUUGAAGUAUAUUUUAUUCUAAAUAAUGGUUUGUAAAUAUAACACAAUGAAAACUAUUUAAUAACUUAUGAAAAAAUUUAAUUAAUAAUAGUUAAGCUAGGUAGAUUUGAAAGGAAGUGCUAUUCUAUGUGAAUAAAAAGCCAUGUUGAUUUGUUUUCUUUAAAUUUAUGUGGUGCUUCAUAAUAAAUGAUUUGAAUACUCGUUAAGAGAAUAAGCUAGUUUUAUUUUAUAGUUUUUUAUAAUUUAAAAUGAGCUACAAGCUUAUUUAAGUAGAGUUUCUGCAACAAACUAAGAAUAUUCUAAAAAUUAAAAACAUACUUGUAAAACUAAGUAAACAAAAACAGAGUAAGGCUUUAGACAUGUGUUGUCAAAAAAUUAUUAAAACAGUUAAAUGUCUAGAGAAUGGUACUCGAAAAUUCAUAAUGAAUUGGAAGUUUUUCUAACAUAAACUAUAUUAUCAUAAAGAAAUAUAAUAUUAAAAUAUAUUUUGUUGUAUAAGUAUUAAUGCAUAAUUAGCAAUAAUUAAAUUAAACUAAUAAUAAUAAUUUUGAGUCAAUGGGGAAAAAGUUUAUUUUAUAUUUACAUUUAUUUUAUUUAAAAUUUUCAAUGAAUUUUUAAGUAGUCUGAAUGAAAUCUGUAAAUAUUUGAUUUAUUAAUUUAUAUUUUUAAAUGGAAGUAUUAUGUCGGAAAAAUUAGUUAUUUUUUCUGUUAAUUUUUAAAGUUGACUGUCUUUAAGUCCAAAUUAGAACAAUACAUUAAAUGCAAAAUUAUCUUCAAGAAAAAAAUAUAUAUAUAUAAAUUACGAAAUGAAUAAAAAAGAGAAAAUGAUUUUAAGAUCUAAAUUUCUAGUUGCUUUACUUUUUAAAUAGUCUCAAUGAAAUCUAUAAAUAAUUGAGUUAUUAAUUUGCAUUUUAUAUUUUUAAAUAGAAGUAUUAUGUUGCAAAAAUUAGUUUCUUUUUUUUUGUGUUAAUUUUAAAGUUGACUGUCUUGAAGUCCAAAUUAAAACAAUGCAUUAAAUGCAAAAUUACCUUUAAGAAAAAUUUAUAGGUAUAUAUAAAUUUAAAAAAGAAAAAAUUAUUUUGAGAAAUCUACAUUUCUAGUUACUUUACUUUUAUUAAAAAAAAAAUAAUGGCAUAGAUAACAAUUUAAUAAAAGUGAUGCUACUUAUUUUUAUUCAAAUUUAUUUAUUUCUGGACACGUUAUUGCUAAUAUUUGAACUAUAAUUCACUAAAGCAGUGUUUCCCAAAGUGUGGUACGCAUAACCCUAGGGGUACUGGAGCAGUUUAGCAGGGGUACGCGUUCUUAUGCGAAAUAUCUUGCAAAAGAUUAAAAUUUAAUAUUUUUAUUUAAAAACAAAGCUAGCCAUGAAAAUUUAUGAUGACAUAUUAUUCUAUUGGCUAUUUUUUGCAGAGUUAACAGUUAAUAAUUAGUGGUGUCAACAGCCAGUUGAGAUUUUUAACUUUUGUGCAAUUUUUUACAGUAAAAAUAAAUUAAUUUUAUUAUUAGUGGUACACAGCGUUACGAAAAAUUUAGAAAGGGUACACAAAAGUCUUAAGUUUGGGAAACACUUCACUAAAGUAUUGCAACACCUACAGUUGCACUAAGUUAAUUCCAUUAGAUUUAAAAAAUAUCUUUACUGCUUUUGGGCUAUUAUUUAAUAAAAUUAAUUAUCAAUAUGAAAGUACAUUUGUUAUAAAUUUAUAAAAGGUUCAAAAGAACGGACAUUCAGAUGUAUAACAUAGCUGCAGAGUGUAGUGUCAUAGUCUAAGCAGGUUAUGAAAGCUAUAAAAUGGAGCAAAGUAUGUUCAAUAUGUUAAACAUUAUAUAUCCAUUUUGAUGAAGUGAAAUCUUUUUUUCUGAAUGCGUGCCUCACUGUGCUAACUUCAUACCUUGGCUUGUGCAGACAGUAAUGCAUGCUACAUACCAAAUAAUAUACAGAUGUUAGUUUGUUUCAAACUUAAUCGAAGCAUCAUGACUCAUAUUCAUUGGGGCACCUUGAUGUUCAAUUUUUUAAAAUUUAAUUGGCGACAUAUUUUUGACUUAUUGUAGAGGACAAAAAAGCUUGAUCUUGCAUCACACUAUCAAAAACAGCUUGGACAAUCUAAGGUUGAUAUUGUGAAAAAAAAUUCCUAGAGCAACUAUCAUGAAGCAAAUAUUUACUUCAAUAAUAAUUUUGAUGAACUUGACUUUUUGAUUUUUAUUUAUUAGACUAAGAGAAUAUUUAUAUAUAUUUUACUUUCCUUUAUCAAAAUGUAUAAAUAAAAAAAUACUGUUGUGAAAUUAGCUGAGGAAGUAUGAGUAUUUUUCUCAAAGGUUUAUUAUUGACUUGUAUUAUAUAGUAUGUAAAUGCAUUCCAAAACCUAAUAAUGUUUGUUCAUGCUUUAAAUAAUUUAUUUUGAAUUGCA